AUGAAAGCCCAAGGUCACGCACCGAAAUCAGUAUUCGUGACCGUUGUUGUCGUUGGGAGCGUCCUCACCUGGAUCUGCACCAUAUUGCGAUUAUGGACGCGAUGCAAAAUCCACCGCCAGGCCGGGGUCGAUGAUGUUUUUAUCACUAUCUCAUUGGGCUUUAACAUAGUGAUGUGUAUAGCAAUGGUCAUGGCAGAUCAUAGUGGCCAGGGCACGCAUAUCUGGACAAUGACACCGGAAGGUAUCAAACAAUUUUUGUUCUACCUCUGGCUACUGAUCUGGAACUAUUACGGAGCUCAGGGCUUCGCCAAGUUGGCCAUUCUCUACCAGUAUCUGCGAAUAUUUGGGCCUGUUGUCAGUUUCCGUCGCGCUUGCUACGUCGCCAUCGCCUUGUCUGGAUUCUACACUCUGUGGGGCAUCGUCACUUCAAUGCUGAUCUGCUACCCGGCCGCUGGCUUCUGGCAUUUGGACUGGCAGCACGAUGGCAGAGCGCAUUGUAUGCCGAUGUGGAAGGUCAAGGUUCCUAUCUGGUUCUUCAACGCAGCUCUCAACAUGACGACCGAUCUGUUGAUAUCAAUCAUACCGCUCCCAGUAAUUUCACAGUUGAAUCUUCCUCGAAAACAACGCUACAUGCUUAUGGGCGUUUUUUGCCUCGGAGGCCUCGUCUGCGUCAUCUCCAUUGUUCGCCUCUCGGGUCUCUAUGCCAUCGCCACGUCCGACGACCCCACCUAUGACAAUGGCAUGGCAGCCAUGUGGUCAUCUAUGGAAGCCAAUCUCACAGCAAUCGCGUCCUGCCUUCCGGUGCUUAAGGGACUUUUUAGUAAAUGGUUUCCAAAAUUAUUCAAAGGCACAUCGAAUGGAACCGCAGACCGCUAUGCUUCGGAUUUCAGUGGCCCGAAUCAUUCGCAUCUGCGGGACACGGAGACUAUCGGGAGUUCGGGACGAGGUGUAUGGGGAAAGAAGAGCACGACCAUUCAUGUUAGCACGGAGGAGUCGGCUAUGGAGGAGGGUAGUCCAGGGGCGAAGAAGUCGGAGGCUUGGGGAUGGUCUGAGCCAGAGGCGAAAGGAGGGGCGAUUCAAAUGCAUACCAUUGUUGAAAGAUCGGGGUCGAAGCGGAAAGGGGCUGGUCCCACGGCGAGGGCGUCGGAUGAGAGUGGGGAGGCCUUGGUUCCGCCACCGAUAGACGAAAAAUGA